AUGACUAUAGUGAAAGAGAGGAACGAGAAAUGUGGACUCGUAGGCGAACCAAUUGAUUCGGAGAUGUUCCACAAUUCAGGUUGCGAUACCACUUUAAAAAACUUAGGCGAAGCUACACAAACAGGGAUUGCGGAAACUAAUGAUGUAAUGGAUACUUUCUCGGAUAUACGGGACGAGAAUAGCACCUCGUUACCUGCAUUACCCAAUGAAAUAUGGCUUAGAAUAUUUAGCAAUCUCUCGCAUGGAGAUUUACUGCAAGUCAAGUUAGUUUGCAAAUACUGGUUUGAACUGGCUCAAGCACCCCAGCUGCAACGUAAGUCGAAGUUGGUGAUCACUACACAAAAUUUGAAGAAUGUUUGCGAUUUUAUAAAACAUCAAGAUUUCAAACGUGAAAGUGUAGUGAUAGACGAGGAAGGCAGAGGAUUCAGUAGCGAGGAUCGCGAAAUUUUAUUAACAGUCUUCAAACAUUUGGGAUCUGAUGUUGUGCGACUAAAAGUUUACGAGCUCUCAUCUCUCUCAAUGCUUAGCAGUCUUUUGCCGAAUCUCGAGGAAUUGAAUUUGCUUGACAUAUACUCACAAAAGAGUGUAUCGGUGAACUUUAACCAAUUUCCUAACCUCAAAUCAUUGUUAAUGGAUGGGGAUGGUGAUGGCAAAACACAAAUGCAAUUGUUCUCAAGUUUCUAUCAAAUGUCUGGUAUACGUUUGGAAGCACUGACCUUAAAUAUUGGUCGUUUUGCUGCUAGUUGCUUGGCUGCGCUAGCUUCGCAUGCAUCUUCGUUGCGUUGGCUCAACUUCAAGAUUGAUUUUGAUAUAAGUAGAGAUGUGAUAUUGCAACCACAGUUGGAAGAAACCCUUAAAAACUUCACUCAAUUGGAGGUAUUGCAUAUAAAGUGUCAUAGUGGUGCAACUGCAAGAGCCAUUUUAGAAAACCUUCCCAAGGGAAAUCGCCUUAAAACGAUUGCUUUAGAUUUUCCCUAUAGAGAUGAUAACGACGUGCUAGAAGUAAUUGCACAAAAAUGGUUUCACUCUUUACAACGUUUAGAACUUGCGCACUACUCCGUAACGGAAAACUCAGCCAAAUGGCUAAAUUCCUUGAGCGGUAAAUUGAAUCGUUUGUAUUUGUGUGAGUGCGAAUAUGUCCCUGAAUGCCUCGUUAAUAGUAUAGCCCCAAAAACUAACAAAAAACUAACUGAAUUGAAGGAAAAUCAAGAUGCUGAUCCUAAUGCUGAUACGGAUACUGUUAUUGAUACCGAUGCUGAUGCUGAUGCCGAUGCUGGUACUGAUACUGAUACUAAUAAAUUAUAUGUGUUUGUGUCAUCAGCGACAUCGUCGUCAUCAUCGUCAUCAUCAUCGUCAGCAUAUCCGCAUUUGUUGUCAGUUAACCAGCAGUCGCACCUCCGGGGGUCAUCAAAUAUAGAGAUACAAAAACAACAGCAAUAA